GAUGGCUGACUUACAGGAGUGGUAGUGUUUUCCAAAUUUAUCGAUAUAUUUUGCACAAAAGAUGGGUGAAGGGAUUGCUGAUUGCUUACCACUGGCACUACGAUCUGUUGGGGAUGCCAUCAAGCUUGACUCAGACAACAGGAUUAAGGAGGCAUACUGUCAGUAUCUCAGUUGCAUCAUCUAUAUAUCACAAGUUCUUAAGGAUGAUGCUUGGGACAAAGACCUCCAAUUGGUGUACAACAGGGACUCAGCCAAGUUAUUCCGUAUGCUUCAGCAAUGUCAGGAGAGAGCUCUGACAAUAAUAUCUUCUUUGGCAAAUAAUACUUCAACAAGUCAAACACCCCCUACUAAUCAAAUACCUCAGCAUCUUCACCCUUCAUCUGAAGGUGUGCCACAUCGCUAUUCUGACAGUCAGGUUCCAAUUCCUGGCCAAUCACCUCAGCAUCAACUGGCACCACAAGAUGUGACUAUUCGUAAGCUGUCUGACACAAAUUCUCCUGCAGCAACUUUGGCAAAACCCACAGCUGAUGGACACCUUUAUCUACCAUCACCCCCUGGAUCUCCAUUACCUCGUCAUCGUCGAACUGGUAGCAAUGAUCCUAUGGAGAAAGCUUACACGGAAAAUAAACAGUUAAUACAAGCAUACAGGACAAGAAUGCAGAAUGCAAACAAGGGGGGAACAAACAAGGAUAUGAUUUCCCGUAAUCUCAGUUUAAUGCGAAGGAUGUCAGAAAACCUUGCCAUUGAAAAGGCCAGGGAGCAAGCUAUAAAGCAAAAAUUGUUGGAGCGACAACGAAGAUUGCAAGAGGAAACAAACAGACGUCUUGGCCCUGCAGUGUAUUCUACCAAGGAACAGCAAGAACAGCGUAUUAUUUACACAAAGAUUUUGGAGUUUGAACAAGAGACCGUGUGGCCGAAACUCUUACGGAAUAGAUUGAAACUUUCGCCAGAAGAUUCCAAGUUGAUCAAGGAAAUAAUAGCUAAGAUUUUCAGCUCAUCGGAUCAUCCUCUUACCCAGUUUCUCCUCCAGUAUCAGUAUUACGUUUACCGGAAACUGGCACCUCUUGUGAAGGAUGUGGGAUUUCCUGAUGUAAAAAGCGGAAGAAUAGCUACCAGCGAAGGAACUGGUGCAGUUAUAAAGGAAUCUCACUCUGACGAGCACGUGAAGAAAUCGACAAUCAUCGAUGAUGAACAAAACCGAGGGAAAAACCUUAACACGAUUACUAAUGCUGGAGGUAAUUUUGAAGGUCACUUUUCAUCUGAGACUAAUAUUGAGGAAAGUUUGAAAGGUGCGAAAGAAAUUGUGAAAGGCACCGCUGAGGAAAAGGAACAUGAAACAGUCGAAAUUCAUGAUGCAGCGUUCGUAAAGAAUACUAGAGAUGGUGGUAGUGUAGAAAAAGGAAAGGACGGUGAUAGCGAAUGCGCGAGCUCUGGAACUGAUUUAGCGAAACUCAAAAAUCUUCUUGGAGAUGAUCUUCAGUCGGAAGUCUCUGACACUGAUACUUCGCAGCCUACUGCUGUUGCGACAUCAGGUGAUGCGGCAUCACUGGAGACUUAUUUUGAGGAGCUAGAGGACGAUAUGUUUGGCUGGGAUAGCAGCGAAGAUGAAAGUACAGACACGGACUUUGAAACUGUUGAUGGAAGGAACACACAGACAACGGCAGAUGAAAAGACUUGCAGUGAACUUAAAGAAGAUACGCGUCAAAAUAGGGAAGACGAUGCAUCCCAUACUGUCGCGAGAUCUGUUACGGAACACAGUCAGGCAGACUCUUCAGAAGUCUGCGCAGAUACUCCUUCACAACUCAGCGUGGACUCGCUCAGCGUUGAGUUGUCAAUAGCAAGUAAAAUCGGUAAAACCAGCCAAGACCAACCAAGAGACGAUACAAAUCCGUUUGAAGCAGAUGAGUUUAUUUCAAACCAAAAAGUUGAGGGUAAUGAAGAAGAGACAGCAAGAAACAACACCAACGGGGAAAGUCAACAACCGCACAAUAGUCUGAAGCCGCUAGGACAGGUUGGUGAGGAACAGAUUGCUAGUAAUAACACCCAAGGGGACGGAGAUAUUAAACAAUCAGUGGAAAGUUUAAACGAAGGAGAACAGGUUGGUGAAGAACAGAUAGCUAUUAUUGACAUCUACAAUGAUGGAGAAAUCCCGAGACCAGUAGAGAAGUCAAAUAAGUAUGAUACUAUAAGUGAAGUCCCAUUUGAUCAGGCAAACGGUGGAGAUGAAGAGAACACACAAACACCUCGACUGUCUGGGUUUGUUAGUGAACGAAGUGGCAAGGAGGAAAAUGGUCGCACAACUCCUACUACAACUGCAUCUGACGAAAGGAGGAAACAAUUGAAGGACGUUUUGGUGGAUGUGAGAUUUUUUCUUGAAAAUCUUCAGAAAUUAUUAAUCCUUGCCUAUGAACAACUGGAUACACCAGCCGGCCGAGAUCUUUGUUACUCCUAUUUGGAAUUCCCUUUCUUUAAACCUUUGUGGCCUAUGUUGUUGGCUGUGCUCAGACAAGUUAAUCACGAGAAGGAACUCACACUGGCGGACGUGAUGUCGGAGAACAUCACGAAGGAUCCGGUAGAUUUAGGCGUGCCACAUAGACUGUGUUUGGAGGAUCAGGCGGUUUUGGGCGCAACAGGAAACAAGUAUCCAUAUCAGAUGGCGGUAGAUGAACUUCAUAAAGUUGCUUCGCUGUAUUGUCCGUUGGAAAAACUAGAGUGCUUAGUUCGAACGUCGCGCUGCGUCUGUCAGUGUGUUGAGGAUUACUGGGAGACGAAAGGAAAGUCGCGUCACUGCCCAGAGACAGCCAUUGGAUGUGAUGAUUUGUUGCCCAUUCUUAGUUUUGUCAUUAUUCGAAGCGGAAUGGCGCAGCUGAUCUCUGAGUGUGAUGCUAUGGAGGAAUUUAUACCCGAGGGGUAUCUGAUGGGGGAAGAAGGGUACUGCCUCACGACUCUUUUAACAGCCCUUGCGUAUCUGGCCACCCUGAAGCCAACUUGAAAUGACCGGCCUAAUCACCAAGCAAGGAGAAUAUUAGAGAGCGGGAUAUAUAACAUCAUAAGGUUCAAGAUAAAGGUUGGAGCUACAAGCCAUGACGGGCCAAAAAUCAGUUAAAAUUUGACAGCGAGCCACCACACCGAUCUUUUACUUCAAGUUAAUGUGCUCCAUUUAUUUUCGCUUUGAUCGAAACUCACUGAGUUUUUGGCAACAAUUACCCUUGACUUAGAACUGAGAUGACCAGGCAAAAUUGUCGAAGAACUGAUGUUAGACUUAAUAUAUGACUGUUACAAAAAUAAGAAUAAGGGGCAUUUUUCCACAAUCUGUUAAAAUGAUUAAAAAUGACGUUUCAAAGUUAAAAUGUAAGGAACGUGAAAUUUACUUUUCCCAAUGAAGAUGCAAAUAGUUUUGUAUGUAAUUGAGAAAGUGGAAACAGCAAGGAAUUAAAC